AUGGUUUCUAUUGCAUUAAAAAAUUUAUUGAAAACAUGCAUUCGUACAUUAUGGAAAUUGAUUCAAUUAUUAUUAUUUAUUAUUAUUGUACCACCAUUGAUUAAUUAUGCAUCAUUAAAACGUGAAGCACCUUUACUUGGACAACACGGUUUACCAUAUGAUAUUGGCUAUGGGCAAAAAUUGUUUUUACGUUGUCGAGGACACGGUAUACCAACAGUUAUUUUUGAUGCUCCGACUGGUAUGAAUUCGGAUAUUUGGCUUCCUCUUCAAGAAAGUCUUAAGAAGACAACAACAGUUUGUAUCUAUGAUCGAGCUGGAUUAGGAAUGAGUGAUCCGCCAUUAAGUUUGACACUUAAACAAAAAUCAAAUGAAAAAGAAAAUAAACCAACAAAACAUCGUGGUAUGGAUUUCACUGUAGAAAAAAUGUCUGAAGAUCUGAAUCGUCUUGUAACUGCAACAAGUCAACAACCAAAACCAUUUAUUUUAGUUGGUGCUGAUCUUGGUGCUAUUGUAACUCGCUUUUAUGCUCAAAUGUAUGAAUUUGAUGUUAGUCAUUUAUUUUUAGUUGAUCCAUUAGUUGAAACUUUAUUAGAUAAUGAACAAUGGAAAGAUUAUUGGUAUAAUAAAAUAAUUCCUCGCCUUCAUGCUAUGCAACUAUCAGCAGCCAUUGGUGUCAAUCGAAUUCUUGUUUUAACACAUAUGAUUAAUACCCCAUUGGUUACAAAAAUAUCUGAUAAUGUAGAUGAUAACAACCUAAAUAUUAAUCAUCGUCAAAAACAUUUACUUUGCAAUGCAGCUCAUAUUAGUUCAGCUAUUCGAGAACAUUUUUAUAUGAAUGAAACAUUUUCACAAAUGAAAUUAGCAUGGCGAAUGAAAGCUUUUCCUUCGAAUGUAUCUGUAACAAUUGUUAAUCGUCGUCAGUAUGAUAAAAGCCUGUCAAAAGAUUUAAAUAAAAUAUGGGAUGAAUCACAAGAAUAUCUACGUAUGCAACUAUUUCGUAAUCGUAUUCAACAUCGAUUUAUUGAUUCUACGGAUAAAUAUUUUAUCUUUAACAAACCAGAUCUAUUAGAAUCAUUAAUUAAAGAUUCAAUAAGUCAAUGGCGAGAACAAAAAGGACUUGCAUAA